CCUAAACUAUUAUUCCAGAGAGUGAAACGACAAGAUUGAUUUAGCAAGCGACACUCAUUAUGUCGUGUGAACGACAAUGUUACUAGAUCAAACUCAAUUUGACACUUCCAGUUUCCGGAACAUAACUGAACUUCACUUCAAAUUCGCGCCUCUGUUCUCUUCUUCUCUUCAAUUGAAUCUCUUCCAAAUUAACUUAUUAAACAAAACUAAAAAUUAAACUUCUGUAAUCCAUAAUUUAUAAUUUACACAAAUGGAAGAUUUCAAUAAUCUCACCGGAGUAGACGACGACGGCGACGGCGACGAAUCAGUAGAAUCGUCAGAAUUACACAAUAGCAGCGUUUUUACGCAGCUGAAGCUAUACUGCUUAGAGCUUCUAGAACUUCUCCAAAACCCUAAAAAGGAAAAUUUCUCUGCAAUCGCUUCACUUCUGCAGUUACUCCAAUCCUCUCCCUCAGCUGUUCUCCAACCAUUCUUUGACUAUACUUUGUUCCCUUUGCUGCUUCUAUUGGAUGCAGCAGUUGACAGUAGAGCACAAGCAAAGAGAAACGAGGCCUCCGCGAUUAAUGUCUCGAAUUUGCCUCGUAAAGUGAGUGAUAAAGUUGCAGAAUAUGUCUUGCAGUGUUUGGAGGAGCUUCUCUAUAAAUGUCAUUUAGGAUCUGUGGAUCAGAUGGUUGUGCUGAUGAAAAAAUUGACUCAUGCGGCUCUGCUUUCUCCCUCUGAGGCCUCAGAAGAGUUUCGUGAAGGAGUAAUAAAGUGUUUUAAGUCUCUACUUUUGAGAUUCCUUCCAUGCUCAGAUGAAACUUGUUCGUGCAAGCAAAGUCUUGCUUUGCCUGCUUUGUUAGAAAGUCAUGAUAUACAGGAUUUGGGUAAUAGACCUCCAAAGUAUGAUUUAGAACAGGGGGAAUGUUCACUUGCAUUUCUCCAGUCACAAGCUGCUGCUGCUGCUGUUGGACACUGGUUAUCACUUCUACUAAAGGCUGCAGAUACUGAGGCUGCAAGGGGACACCGAGGCAGUGGAAAGCUCCGUGUUGAGGCCUUUUUGACUUUACGUGUGCUUGUAUCUAAGGUUGGGACCGCAGAUGCAUUGGCUUUCUUUCUGCCUGGUGUUGUUAGUCAAUUUGCCAAAGUUUUGCAUGUUUCAAAAUCAAUGACAAGUGGGGCAGCUGGCAGUGGGGAGGCUACUAACCAAGCAAUUAGAGGCUUGGCUGAGUAUCUUAUGAUAGUUCUUGGGGAUGAUGCUAACUUUUCUAGCAUUGAUGUAUCUCCAAAUGUCAUGGCUGGGUUUAGUUCAAACAAAGACGAAUCUGUCCAUUCACUUAUGGAUGAGCUUCGCCAUUUGCCCAAUAGCAGUCUAAGUCAGAGAGAAAUGGUGGCUGAAGAAUCAAUUGUUGAACCAGAAAAUGUGGUUACCAAUGCUCACAACAAACUUGGAAAGGAAAUAGGGCCUUUGCAUGUGGACCGUACAAGAGGUUGGAUUGAGAAAACUUCAGCACAUUUGAGUAAACUUUUGGUUGCAACCUUUCCGCAUAUCUGUAUUCAUCCAGCAAAAAAGGUGAGACAAGGACUGUUGGCUGCUAUACAAGGACUCUUAUCAAAGUGUAGUUAUACUCUGAAAGACAGCAGAUUGCUGCUUCUGGAAUGCUUGUGUGUCUUGAUUGUUGAUGAUUUCGAAGAUUUGUCAGCUCAAGCUCGGGAGUUCUUUGAAUAUUUAUUAUCUUCAAGUGGAAAACAUCACGUACAACAGGAUAUGGCAGAGAUAUUUGGCAGGCUCAUUGAGAAGCUUCCGAAAGUGAUCCUGAGCAACGAAGAGUCCCUGGCACUCUCACAUGCCCAGCAAUUACUUGUGGUCGUAUAUUUUUCUGGUCCUCAAUUUCUGUUGGAUCAACUUCUUUCCCCGGUAACAGCUGCAAGAUUCUUGGAUGUUUUUGCUCUCUGUCUGGGUCCAAAUUCAGUGUUUGCUGGUGCUCUUAACAAGCUAACCUUGGCAAGGCCAUCGUCUGUUGGUUAUCUUCCUUCUAUUGCUGAGCUGAAAGCUAGUUCUCUCUCUGCCAAUUGUCACCAGGCUGUCAUGGAUGCUGCUUCCUCUGGUAUCUCAGAAUUUUAUGAUAUUCAAGGAAUAAGAAUUCGAUCAUCAGAAACUUUGGAGAGUAAAUAUGAAAUUCCCCGCAUGCCCCCUUGGUUUGUUUAUGCUGGCAGUCGGAAGUUAUACCAGGCUCUUGCAGGAAUUCUUAGACUAGUAGGUUUAUCUUUAAUGGCAGAUUUCAGAAGUGAAGGGCAUAUAUCUGUUGUCACCGAUAUCCCACUUGAUUACCUGCGUAAACUGAUAUCUGAAGUCCGUGUUAAAGAAUACAAUAACGAGAGCUGGCAGUCUUGGUAUAACAGAACUGGCUCAGGACAAUUACUGCGGCAGGCCAGUACUGCUGCAUGUAUCUUAAAUGAGAUGAUGUUUGGUCUAUCAUAUCAGUCAGUGGAUAGUCUUACAAAUAUGUUUGAGAAGUCCGUGUUUAAGAGGGAAGAGAUUCAAGAAUUUGAUGCAAGAGGUGCCAGUGGUCAUUUCACAUUUGAAAGUCCUGAGCUUACUCAGUCUAUCUGGAAGCUUUCACUGCUAAAGGCUUCAAGGAGUUCCUUGAUUGACUGUAUUGGAAGAAUCUUACAUGAAUAUCUAUCAUCUGAAGUGUGGGAUCUUCCGGUGGAUCAUAGACCUUCACGCAUUCAACCUGAUGGUGAAGUUGAAGAACUUGCUUUGCACUUCUUUCAUGAUACUGCUAUGCUACACCAGGUUAUUAUUGAUGGCAUUGGUACCUUUGCUCUGUGCCUUGGAAAAGAUUUUGCUUCUAGUGGAUUUCUACACUCAUCUCUUUAUCUGUUGCUUGAGGGUCUUAUAUCCUCAAACUUCCAUGUUAGAAGUGCUUCUGAUGCUGUUUUACAUGUUCUUUCUGCUUCAUCUGGCUAUGCGACAGUUGGGCAGUUAGUCUUGGCCAAUGCAGACUACAUAGUUGAUUCAAUAUGUCGGCAGUUACGUCAUUUAGAUCUUAAUCCACAUGUUCCUAAUGUUCUUGCUUCCAUGCUUUCUUACAUUGGCGUGGCUCAUAAAAUAAUGCCAUUAUUGGAGGAACCGAUGCGCUCUGCGUCACAAGAACUGGAGAUUCUCGGCAGGCAUCAACACCCAGAAUUGACUAUUCCCUUUAUGAAGGCCGUAGCUGAAAUUACCAAGGCAUCAAAACGCGAGGCUUCAUUGUUGCCUGCUAGUGCAGAAUCAUAUCUUGCACACGUGAAGGCCAGAGUGGAUAAAGAGAAAUCCAGCCAAGAUGCACCAUCACAUUCUGGCAGCGACACUAUUAUGUCACAAGUGGACUUAGAGCAAUGGGAGAGUGUUUUGUUCCAGUUGAAUGAUUCCAGAAGAUUCAGAAGAACAGUGGGAUCAAUUGCUUGUUCAUGCUUAACUGCCGCAGCCCCUCUACUAGCUUCAACGAAACAAGCAGCCUGCUUAAUAGCCCUUGAUAUAGUUGAGGAUGGCAUCACAACACUAGCCAAAGUGGAAGAAGCUUAUCGGCAUGAGAAUCAAACUAAAGAAGCCAUUGAAGAUAUGAUUCGUUCAUACUCAUUAUAUCAUCUUCAAGAUGCUUCUGAGGCUGCUGACGAAGGAACUGACGAGAACAGAUUACUUCCAGCAAUGAAUAAAAUAUGGCCUUUCCUGGUUGCCUGCAUUCGAAACAAAAUUCCAGUGGCUGUUCGGAGAUGUCUGAGUGUGAUAACCACCGUAGUACAAAUCUGUGGAGGAGAUUUCUUUUCACGCCGCUUCCACACUGAUGGGGCCCACUUCUGGAAACUUCUUUCUACAUCCCCAUUUCAGAAAAAACCCUUCUCAAAAGAACAAAGAAUUCCCUUGCAACUUCCUUACAGAAGCGCCCCUAUUUCUCCAGACGACUCCAUGGCUGAAGUUUCAAGCCUGAAAGUCCAGGUUGCUGUACUCAACAUGAUUGCUGAUUUGUCCAGAAACAAACAGAGUUCUUCAUCAUUGGAAGCCGUCCUCAAGAAGGUUAGUGGUCUUGUAGUGGCAAUAGCGUGUAGUGGCGUUUCCGGGCUUCAUGACGCGUCUGUUAAUGCAUUACGCGGACUUGCGUGUAUAGAUCCUGAUCUUAUAUGGCUUCUACUAGCAGACAUAUAUUACUCUUUAAAGAAGAAAGAUCAGCCGGCUCCUCCGGCUUCGUGUUUUCCUCUCAUGUCUCAGAUUUUGCCUCCGCCCCUUUCUCCUAAAGGGUACCUCUACAUACAGUACGGAGGACAAAGAUAUAGUUUUGAUGUAGACACAUCUUCUGUAGAAGUUGUGUUUAAGAAACUUCAUUCCCAGGUCUUUAGUAGUCAAAUGUACAUACAAAAUGUGCCUACUUGAAAAUUUUAUUUUCGAAUUGCAAUGCUGUAGAAAUUCAGUAGGUUGCAGGUUGUGGAAUUCAGUUUCUUUGAUAUUCAUUUUACUUUUUAGAAAUUUUAUUUCUUUUUCUUCUUA